GGUAUUACCCAAACACGCCAGGGCCUGGAUUCUUGUUCUAUGAAAAUAUGAAAUGAAAAAUAUUUCCUUUAUAACAUUUUUCAUUUCUUUUCUUUUUAAAAGUUUUCAUUUCACAUUUUCAUAGAACAAGAAUUGAGGCCCAGGUCCAUAAUUUCAAAUUUACCAAAUAAUUUAAUUGUUAAAAAUUGAUACUCUAUUAAAUUCACCCAAUUGCUAUAUUCUCCAAUUACGAACAUAAAAACAUUUCCUCUAUUCGAAUGGAAAAGUUAGUUAUUUCAAUGUUGAAAAUGUUUAACUUUGAAAUUUGGUACGGUCGACAUGUUUCGGUGAAAUUCAUAUAAAUACUUGUCUGAUGAAGAAUGUCGAACGAGUACGUCGAAUUUUAAGUAAAGCUGUAAAUGAUGUUUUAUGGAGUUCAAGUCAAUACCUCAAGGAUAUCCAAUUCAAAUAUUAAAACUCUACACAAUGGAAGAAUUAUCGGAAUACUCGUCACCAGUAAUUGAAUUCAGAGCCACACAUGGCGAGGAGAAACAUAUGAAGCAAGUCGACAAGAACACCGGGACAGACACCCUGCCUUCGAAAAUUGAUACGUCUACCGAAAUCAAUCCGACAUCUAGCAAAGCAACACAAACCUACUCGAACAAAGAAUUCCAAAAAAAUAUAGAUGAACGAAAACUGGCAAUUUGGUUGCGUCAAAUCCUCCCAAGUGUAGAAAAGGAACUACUUAAAGGUUGUACGCCAGACUUCGAUUCAAAUGCUCCUGCCGCAGUUGCUAUUCCCGAAAUACAACUAUAUCAAAAGCUGCAAUUGGACACGACAGAAAAUUCUCAAGGAAUCGGCAUUUGGUUGGCUGUACAUACCAACAAUGCUCCCAUUUUAGUUAUUAGCUCCGUAUCGCCACACGACGACGACUGGUGCGAACAUGUGGACAAACACAUCUUUGUGUAUGCUCCAGUACGCGAACAUGGCAGUAACUUUAUUACCUGGAGGGAAGCAAAGCGAAUUUCUAUUAAAGCAUGCCUGAGCAGUCUGUGCACCAAUCCUUUCAAUAAAUCUAUAUUCGCUGGUUCGACAAUGGAUGGUGGCAUUUUCAUUUGGAACUGUCACCAAAGCGUCAAAUCGCUGGACAUAACAGAACUGUCCAAUGCAACGGCAUUGCAUGGCUAUGCCAAUGCAAUGGAUUGGUCUAGCGAACAAACUCUGCUGACAGCCCACAGCAGUGGUACCGUUGUGCAGUGGCGUUUGGGCGCCGACUUGACAUCGGAGGCCGAGUAUCUGAUCAAAGCUUCGCCCGGAGCCACCAGAGAAAUAUCCAUUUCGUGUUUGUUGGCUCGGAGUGCAAAUGAUUUUAUUGUCGGUUGCAACGAUGGAUCCGUGUAUCACUGCUGGAUCUCUAGUUCUGCGGCUGUGAGAAAGUUUUAUGUGGAUAUUGUUCCACUGAAGAAACAUCUUUUUAAGGUGUCAUCUUUGUUAAAAACGCGAUUCAAUGGACACGGAAUUGUAAUAAGCUGUGAUCUAAGUGGCGAGGUGUAUUUUCAUGAUUUAGGAAACUCCAGAGAUAAUGCAGAUACAGUUAUAGCUAAAAUUCCACUUCCUUUCACAAAUCUUCUUGCGUGUAUCCAUGACUGUGAUUUAGUAUGUGCUCCUGGCAAUGAUGGAUCUCUCGACUGUUACAGAUUGUUUGACGGUGUGCAUGUCGCUAUUAAAGGGGAUUUGCGAGGCAAAGGCAAUUUCAUCAAAUCAAGUGACAAUGGCUGCUGGAUUAUUACUGGUCUGUACGAGAAAGAAUUUCAAAUAUUUUCGUCAGAAAAUUAGAAAUUUCAUUAGUUUUAAUUUUUAUAUAUGUAGCUUUAUUUAUCGAAUAAAAUUUGUAAGGUUUGUUUAAAUAAUUAACUAUUUACAAAAACAAAUUAAAUAAUUACGUCUAAUAAUAUAUAUAUAUAUACUUUUUGCACUUAUACACAAUUGAUUUAUAUUUUACCAAAUGUAAAACGAUAAUAUACAUACAAAAUUUAAAUCAAACAUAAUGGAAGAGUAAAAAUAAAUACAAAGUAGGGAAGAUACAGAAGGAAAUUAAAUAAAGGAAUAGCUCCCCUAUUUAAUUAAACGUCAACAAUAAACAUCAUCACAUACAUAAUUGAAGGUUAGCCUUUUACAUGUUGAAGUGGGCUUUUAAGAAUUGAUUUGUUAAAGAUAACUAUGAGAAAAUGGAUUUUUUGAUUUUGUAUACAAAUUUCUAAUACCGAAGGGAAAGGGUCUGCACACACAUGAUAUAUAAAGUUUAUGCAUACGAUGAGUUUUUUUCUUUUAAUGUGGAGUGAUAAAAGUGAGCAUUUUCGAAUUUAUAUGAAAUUGUGAUUAAAACAUAUUAGAACAAAAAAGAUUUACAAUACAACAUACAGAGAUGAUUUUCUAUUUCGGUCUAUACAUACAUUAUAUAUUUUUUUUCAUAAUUGGUAUAUACUAAUUA